GACUUGGUGGGGCUGCGCGGGGGGCUGUGUGCCGAGGCUGCCGGGCUGGCGGCGGGCCCAUGCGGCCCUGCUCUCAGCCGCGGCUCCUGAUCUGUGUCCCCGUCACGGGAGGUAGCCCCUCCGUGCAUCUGCCGGACACUUGCUCUGUGAAAGACCGGACCGGGCUUGGGUCACCCAGCGGCGUCUCGGAGCACCUCAGCCGGCCUUCUGAGUGAUGAGUGAAUUUUAGUGGAGUUGAAUCUAAUAAUGGAUCCCAGUCAAGGAAGGGUUGUGAGUGCUGCAUGUGUGCUUUUCAGAGCAGUAGUGUGAGGAAGCUGGCAGUGGAAUGGCAGGACGGCCUCAUCCUUAUGACAGUAACUCCAGUGAUCCAGAGAAUUGGGAUCGGAAAUUGCAUAGUAGACCUCGUAAACUUUGUAAACAUUCAAGAGCCAAGUUGUAUUUCAGUGGAGUCAUUUAUCUGAGUACAUGUGCUGUUGAACAAAUGGAACCUCUGAUAUUGUCAGUGUGAACUCUGAAUCACUGUUUGGAGGCUUCAGAUUUUUUUUGGAUGAAGAAUCACGUUUUAAUUACCUUCUCUGAUAAGAGCACCUCAUCUCGUAUUGCUAAAGGAAUAGACUACACAAAAAUGAGCCUCCAUGGUGCAAGUGGCGGACAUGAGAGAUCAAGGGACAGACGCAGAUCAAGUGACAGAUCUCGUGACUCAUCCCAUGAAAGAGCAGAAUCUCAGCUCACUCCAUGCAUCAGGAAUGUGACUUCACCAACAAGACAAUAUCAUUCUGAUCGAGAAAAGGAUCACAGUUCAUCUCAGCCAAGCAGCCCUCGUCCUCAGAAGACUUCCCCUAAUGGUUCUGUUAUUAGCAUGGGGAACAGCAGCAGAAACAGUAGCCAGUCAAGUUCAGAUGGGAGCUGCAAGACUGGUGGGGAAAUGGUGUUUGUGUAUGAAAAUGGAAAAGAGGGAGCUCGGAAUCUAAGAACUUCUGAACGGGUAACGCUCAUAGUGGAUAACACCAGAUUUGUUGUAGAUCCUUCUAUCUUUACUGCACAGCCUAAUACGAUGUUGGGCAGGAUGUUUGGAUCAGGCAGAGAGCAUAACUUUACACGUCCUAAUGAAAAAGGAGAGUAUGAGGUUGCUGAAGGAAUUGGUUCCACUGUGUUUCGUGCUAUUCUGGAUUACUACAAGACUGGAGUGAUACGCUGUCCUGAUGGCAUAUCUAUUCCCGAAUUGAGAGAAGCAUGUGACUAUCUCUGUAUUUCUUUUGAGUAUAGUACUAUUAAAUGCAGAGAUCUAAGUGCUCUCAUGCAUGAAUUGUCAAAUGAUGGUGCUCGCAAACAGUUUGAGUUUUAUCUAGAAGAAAUGAUUCUCCCAUUAAUGGUAGCCAGUGCCCAAAGUGGUGAGAGGGAGUGCCACAUUGUUGUGCUGACAGAUGAUGAUGUUGUUGACUGGGAUGAAGAGUAUCCCCCACAAAUGGGAGAGGAAUAUUCACAAAUUAUUUACAGCACAAAGUUGUAUAGAUUCUUCAAAUAUAUUGAAAAUAGAGAUGUGGCGAAAUCAGUUCUGAAGGAAAGGGGGCUCAAGAAGAUCCGACUGGGCAUUGAAGGUUACCCCACGUACAAAGAGAAGGUGAAAAAGCGACCAGGCGGAAGGCCGGAGGUGAUUUACAACUAUGUCCAGAGACCGUUCAUUCGAAUGUCAUGGGAGAAGGAAGAAGGGAAGAGUCGACAUGUUGACUUCCAGUGCGUGAAGAGCAAAUCUAUUACAAAUCUAGCUGCAGCAGCUGCAGAUAUACCCCAGGACCAGCUUGUGGUAAUGCAUCCUACCCCCCAAGUAGAUGAGCUGGAUAUUCUGCCUAAUCAUCCUCCACCUAGUAACAGCGAGAUGGAUCCCGAGGGACAAAACCCACUGCUCUGAUCUAGACUCUUAAUAAAACAAAAGCAUGCUACUUUAAAGCAACUCUGUACUUGACUCACACUACACUGCAAUUCCAGUUUUUUUUCCAUUGUGUAACAGUGUUUAGGGUUUUGCAGUGCGGACCUUUGAGAAGACCAAAGGGAGUGCCCAAUUGUUUUUGAAAGAGUACAGAUCAAACAUCCUGGGGUUACAGUUACAUACAUGUAUGUGUUUACCAGUAGGUUUGUGACAUGGUGAUUUGUAUGCUGGACUGUCCUCACUCUGAAGCCCAUCAGAAGCAAUGGGAUGCCAGUGGCUGUUGUUACACAGGGUUAGAAUGCGGAAUUGGAAUUGAUAGUAGCACUUUAUAAAUGGUUGAUAAAUGGAAUUUGAAGCCAUUUUUUAUAAAUGUGUUGCACAAUACUAACAAAGUGCUUCUAUCAAAAGUAUUAAAACUGUAAAUAGUUUUGCUCUGAAUAGGUUGACCCUUUUAAAGUUAUUUUAAAUGGUUGAGCACAAAACUACUUACUAUUGGGUUUUUGGAUUGAGGACAUGAUUCAAUUACCCAUGUAACAUCUUGUUAAACUCAAAGUUCUUCAGUGAAUUUUUUCACUUGUUUGCAGCGUGAGCCAUGUUCAGAACUUGUGAACAAUGGAUAGGGGCUUUAUCUUACAUUUUGCCUUACCUUAAUCUGUUCACAAAUAUUUAUUUAAUACAUUUUUCAUAACUGUCAUGAACUAGGAAAAUGCAGAUGGUUCAUUCUUCAUUUAUUAAUGAUUGUAAACAAGUUUUUCAUGCAAAUAAAGUUUCCAUUAUUUUAAUGGGUUUAAAUUAUCUG